UUUUGACAACUUUUCGUCUUAAAAGAGAAUAAAUAGGAAGCCAAUGGUGAGUAAUUGAAACUGUCUAUAAAAUUUUAGAUGAGCUGUAAUAAUUGUCCAUCGCCAAUUACGAAUCAAGCUCCUUUAUCAUCGACAUGCCCGGGUGUAGUCUUCGUCUCAUUUUUAUCAGUUUUAGAAUUAUUCCUUAAAAAACAGUGUGAUCUUGAGGAUCCUUGUGGACGAAUAACACCUCGUGAUGAACCAGAGAUAAGUUAUGAUUUUAUUGUCAUUGGAGCCGGUAGUGGAGGUGCAACAGUUGCAGCAAGACUAUCAGAAGAGAAAUGUUUUUCUGUUUUACUAUUAGAGACAGGGUUAGAUGAAAUAUCAUGGGGUUCGGUACCAGCACUUCCAAUAGCAUCGACAUCAUUAAAUUGGCAACAUCGUGGUGAGGUUGAAAAAAACUCCUGUCUUAAUAAGAAGGAGAAAAGAUGUACAUUCUGUGGAGGAAAGGUUCUUGGUGGCACGAGUUCAAUUAAUGGUAUGAUGUACAUGAGAGGAUCGCAUAAGGAUUACAACGAUUGGGAGAAAUUGGGAAAUAAAUACUGGUCUUAUGAGGAUGUUCUUCCAUUUUUUAAGAAAAGUGAAAAUAACAUACAAAUUGAUGAACUAGAUCCUGUCUAUCAUAGCAAAGGCGGACCCUUACCAGUAUCGAGAUUUAAUUCCCAACCUCCAAUGACACCUGACAUUUUAGAAGCUGCUAAAGAAUUAGGUUACAACACUGUCGACUUGAAUGGAAAAACGCACACUGGUUGGAUGGUUGCACAAACCACUACUAAUAAAGGCUCACGUUAUUCAACAGCUCGAGCAUUUCUACGACCUGCUCGAAGUCGUUCUAAUCUACACAUCAUGAUUAAUAGCACAGUGACUACAAUUGUUUUUGAUGACCAUAAAAAUGCCGUUGCUGUGGAGUUUUACAAAAAUGGAAGACUUUUUAAAGUGGGAAUUAAAAAAGAAGUAAUUGUUAGUGCAGGUGCAAUAAAUUCACCUCAGAUAUUGAUGAAUAGUGGAAUUGGUCCCAAGGAAGAAUUAGAAAAAGCAAAAGUACCGGUAGUGCAUAAUCUUCCGGGUGUGGGAGAAAAUUUCCACGACCAUGUACAAUAUCUCUUGCCAAUGACAAUUAACGAAAAGGAAGUAAGUGCCUAUGAUUGGGCCUCAGUUUCGGAGUACCUACUAAAUAGAAAAGGACCACUUUCCUCAACAGGUGGUUGGCAAGUAACUGGAAUGAUAAACACAAAAUUCGCAAAUCCCGAGGAUGAUCAUCCGGAUAUACAUAUGGUUUUCGGUGGUUAUGAAGCUUCCUGUCCCAAGCCCCCAAACACUAACCCGGGAGUAAAUUUACGAAGACCAGUAUCCAUAAUGCCAGUUGUUUUACAUCCAAAAAGCAGGGGAUAUGUUCGUCUGUCAAACAACAACCCCCUCUCAAGACCACUGGUCACUGCUAAUAUUUUCGACGAUCCUAAUGAUGCUACAGUACUGGUAGAGGGAAUUAAAUUUGCCAUUAGGAUGACAAAGACCAGAGCUCUUGCAAAGUACGACUUUCAAUUAGACAAGACACCGGUGAAAAAUUGUGAGCACUUGGAAUUUGGAAGUGAUCCUUAUUGGGAGUGUGCUGUAAGACAUGAUACAUCUACGGGUGGACAUUAUUGUGGAUCAUGUAAAAUGGGACCCGAUUCAGAUCCAAUGGCAGUUGUUGAUGAUCAUUUAAAAGUUAAAGGUGUUUGGAGGGUCAGGAUUGCGGAUACCAGUAUUAUGCCGCGAGUUACAUCCGGAAAUACAAACGCACCGGCAAUUAUGAUUGGCGAACGAGCUGCACAUUUCAUUAAAAUGAAUUGGAUGCCAGAAUAUUGUUCACACUUAAAUUGAGAAUAUCCUGAAAAUGACAAGAGAACGAAAGGAUCGACUGGUUGAUGGUUGGGGACAUUGUUGUUUUCACAGAGAGAAUUUUGUAUCAUUAAUAAAAAUCAUUGAACGAAAUCGACUGUUUGAUUCGAUUCCUUGUCAUUUUGAUGCACUAUUCAGUUACUCUUUCUCCACUAUCAAGAAUCUUGUACAUUCUUGAUAUACCAAGUAUUUAGGGGAAUUUCAGAGGGGCAUUUUACUGAAGGACAUCCAAACAGCAAGAAUGAAGUCUUAUAACGUUUACUAAAAACUAGCUUGUAAUGGUUAAAGAUAUUUACCAGAGAUAGUUUUGAAGAAAAUAACCAAGUAAUAUUAGCUUUCACAAUUUAAUAUUCCACGAACUUUCCUCUACUUGUUUUCAUAAAAUGUUUCCCAAAAAAUAUGGUGCUAUCUCCGAACGGUCAAAAUCACUAAAAAGAACUGAAAACUGUUCAAUGUUCAAACCAUUGUCUGUAAGACAGCCAUGCAAAACUGGUUGCC